GAAACUGCACACGGGCACGCCUUGUAUCUGUCUGAUCACACUUACGCUCGGCCUUGUCCUUCCAAAUUGAAGACAAAUUAUGAAGAUGUUGCAGAUUCUAGCCCAAGUUGGACAGCAGAAAGACACCAGCUUGUAGCUAAAGGACCUAACGAGAAAGUCUCUCACUGUGGAAGUCCUGCGGUGCCAAGUUGUUUUGCAGAAUUUGAAUUUGGGGAUAAGGUGAUAGAGCUGUUUGGUCUCGAUAAUGUAUCGGCUGAUGCAAAUAGUCUCAAGAUUUCGACACGCCAGAAUGAUCAAGAUUCAGCACAGAUAAUAAUCAAAGAGGAAACUGAAUUUGGGGAUAAGGUGAUAGAGCUAUUAGGUCUCACAAAUGUAUCAGCCGAUACAAAUGGUGCCAAGGUUUCUACGUUUCAGAAUGAUCAUGAAUCAGCACAGAUAAUAAUCAAAGAGGAAAUUGAUUGUGACACUGACAACGGUUCUGUCAACGACUUGGAUUCUCCGCAUUUUGCAGAUGAGGACAACAGUGUUUCCGCCGCCUGCAAAUCCAAAGUCACAAGAGGGACCAGCUGCUUGCUGCGGGCUCACCAGUCCGCUGGCCCUCCGCCGUCUCGGAGUCCGUCCUGCAGCCAGUAUCACUGUGCAGUGUUUCGAUGUGUUACCAAUGCCCGCAAGAUGCCAGGUGUCGUGUGUCACUCUUUCCCCAAAGACGAACACUUGCGGCGCGAGUGGAUCGCGAGGUGCAGGCGGCCCGACUUAAUCAACGUGAGAACUGCGCGGGUGUGCUCUGUACAUUUUCGGCCAGAGGACUACGUACGAGAUUUGAGAAACGAACUUCUCGGAUUACCCUUGAGAAAGAAAUUAGUACCCACAGCGAUACCCAGUCUGAACAUUCCGAGGUGGGACGAAGGUGAAAUUGUGGAAUGCAGGUAUAUGAGAAAAAAGGUGUGUGAACAGCAUUUUCACCCUCAUGAAAUUAUAACAUCAUCUCAAGAUAUCAGAAGAAAUGGAGACGUUCCUCGCACACUUGCAAGACCAAGUUUGCUUUCAACAGCAGUUCCUUCUGUUUUUCCAAACUGCCCUCACUAUUUGAGCAAACCUUCAAGCUACAGAAUUGGCCCUGAGAGAGGAGGACGCAGAAGAAAGAAGCUACGUCGCUGUGAUUACGAUGACAGUGACAACAACAACGUGGAUGCUGUUGCACACAAAAUACCAGUGAACCAUCAGGAUGUGAUCGUAAAAGACGAAAUAAUUGUAAAGAGAGAAGUCGAGUCUGAUUCUGAAGAUGUGGUGGACACAGGUAGACAACAGGAUUUUGAAUACUUGUCAGUCAGGGAGGAACCAUUAGAAGACCCUGACGAAUCCACGUUGUCAGCAAAUGAAGAGUCAUGUGAACAAGUGGGUCAUGAUCAGGAACUGCCAGUUAUCAUCAAAGAAGAAAUUGACUGUGAUGAUUACACCGAUCCACUCAGCUUUUCAGAAGAGGUCAACACGAGGCCCUGGAGCUACGUGAGGAAUACGUUUCGCCACUGACGUGGAGACGGGUAGCGGUAACAGCUCGGAGAAUGACGUGUGCUGUUGUCGAGUGCUGCACCGGAAUCUCGUGAGUCAGAAGAGUACGAAACUCGGACAAUACCUCGCGGAGAUGGAAGAAGUAUUCGUAAUGUGUACCGAGCACGUGUCCGAGUGUCCUCAAACCCUACACUGCCGCCGUUGUAAUCGGGCACGUACAGUCUCGCACACCUGUGGGGUGACGUGCCAAUUGUCAUUUGUAUUGUGAGAAAGCAAAUGUGCAGCUGCUAACAGCGGCGUGCUGGGAGUGUGAGGCCUCGCCCGCUCUUGCGAGGUGUCUGGUGUGGCGUUUAGAUUGCCUUACGUCAAAUGAUUCCGGGUGUAUACAUUGUACUUAGUUGAGAGAGCUUUUUUGUUUCUAUUUUGGGGGAAGACUUUAGAAAAACCUCUUUAAGACUCCACACACGGUGUGUGUAACUGGACAUUUGUUGUGAAAUGUAAUUCAUAGUCUCAUUGGCACAGUAACAUUCAUUAGAGGCCAGUUUUCAAUGUUGAGCCUCCAGUUUUGAGUUUGCUGCUACAGAGUAAAAGCCGAGGUUAAUGGUGCCAACUUGCGAUCAAUUAAAUUGUACUGUGCAAGUAGCACUGUGAAUUGCAUACCGUACUGUGAACACGUGGCGUCGCCCUGUGCAUUCGUGGCAAAUAUUACGAAACUGUUGGUUGCAACAAGUUAAGUGAUGUCAUAGAAAUCUUCACAUAGAAAAGGGGCGUGAUACUUGGGUGUAUUGUGUAUAUAAUAAUAUUGCAGUAUGAGAAGUGUGUAAGCUUCUGAGGACUAUAAGUACUGACCAUGAAGCAUGUACUAUAGCUUUGUUACUCUUUGUUUUAAAUAUUUUAUAUACGUGUAUAUGUAUAUAUACAUAUUUUUAGGUGGUUUUUUUAAUAUAUAAUGCCAUUUUUGGCAAUUCAGAAUUGAGCUUUGGAGCGAUAGGGAGAGAACAGAUUGUGUGCUCUGGGCAACAAUAUUCUUGUUCCCCUAAACCUUUUAUCUUUAUCGCUCCCUGUAGUACUAUAGAAGUUAUUCAUCAUUGUCUUUACAUGCCCUAUUGAAAGAUGUAAUUUUGCCAGUGUUAGAGCUGAAUUGAAAAUGAUGAGUAUUUGCUUUGAAGUAUGUUUCUUCUAUCUGAAUUUCUGAAGCC